AUGAUACCCAAGCCAAUGCAAUUCAGUCACAGCAGGCAUGCGACGCUCCUGCGGCGUUCGCUGCUUGCUGCCGUUCGGCUGCGCGCCUUUUCCUCGUCGAGAUUUCUCGCGCAGGAUGUCUUCCAUACCCAGCUCGAGAACCCCAGUGCUGCGGCGCACCUGGCUUCCCUCAAGAACCCGCCCAUGCCCCAGACCCUCACCGAGAAGAUCGUCCAGAAAUUCUCCGUCGGCCUGCCUGAGGGCAAGUUCGUCCGUUCCGGUGACUAUGUGACCAUUGCGCCGUACCGAUGCAUGACCCACGACAACUCCUGGCCCGUGGCCCUGAAGUUCAUGUCCAUUGGCGCCUCGAAGCUGCAUGACCCCAACCAGAUCAUCAUGACCCUCGACCACGAUGUCCAGAACAAGAGCGAGAAGAACCUGCAGAAGUACCGCCAGAUCGAGGAGUUCGCGAAGCAACACGGUGUCGAGUUCUAUCCCGCCGGACGAGGCAUUGGCCAUCAGAUCAUGGUCGAAGAGGGUUUUGCCUGGCCCGGGACGUUGGUUGUCGCCUCCGACAGUCACACCAACAUGUAUGGAGGAGUUGGUUGUCUGGGAACGCCCAUUGUCCGGACGGAUGGUGCUAGUAUCUGGGCUACGGGCAAGACGUGGUGGCAGAUCCCCCCGGUUGCGAAGGUGACUUUCACCGGCGUCCUGCCACCGGGUGUGACCGGAAAGGAUGUCAUUGUCGCCCUGUGCGGUCUGUUUGACAAGGACGACGUUCUCAACCACGCCAUUGAAUUCACCGGUUCCGAGGAGACCAUGCGCAGUCUUUCCGUGGACGACCGCUUGACCAUCGCCAACAUGACGACCGAAUGGGGCGCUCUUUCGGGUCUCUUCCCCAUUGACAACGUGUUGAAGGGCUGGUUGAGAGGAAAGGCAACGACUGCCGCUAUGGGUCUGGCCGACGGGCCCUACAAGACCCUUGCUGCCAAGCACUUCACCCACCCGCGGUUGGACGAGCUGUUUGCAAAUCCUUUGACCGCUGAUAAGGGUGCUAAAUACGCCAAGGAGCUUUUCUUGGAUCUCUCCACGCUUUCUCCCUACGUAUCGGGACCGAACUCGGUGAAAGUAGCCACGCCGCUGAACGAAUUGGAGGCCCAGAAUAUCAAGGUGGACAAGGCGUACCUGGUCUCAUGUACCAAUUCUCGAGCCUCGGACAUCGCCGCUGCUGCAAAAGUCUUCCGCGACGCUGCCGAGAAGAACGGUGGCCAGAUUCCAAAGAUUGCCGACGGUGUCAAAUUCUACAUCGCGGCGGCUUCGCUGCCUGAGCAGCAGACCGCGGAAGAUGCCGGCGACUGGCAGGUUCUUCUCGAAGCCGGCGCUCAGGCGCUCCCCGCUGGUUGCGGACCCUGCAUCGGACUUGGGACAGGUCUCCUUGAGCCUGGCGAGGUCGGCAUCAGCGCGUCCAACCGCAACUUCAAGGGCCGCAUGGGCAGCACCGAGGCCAAGGCGUACUUGGGAAGCCCGGAGGUCGUUGCAGCCAGCGCUCUGAACGGGAAGAUCAGCGGACCCGGCUGGUAUCAGAAGCCAGAAGGUUGGUCCGGUGUUGUCCGGGGUGAAGGCGACGGAAUUAAGGAGGAGGAUCGCAUGAUCACUGCCGAGGAGGCUAUUGAGAAAGUCAUCGGACAGCUGGAUGAGAUGAUCGCUGAUGGCGAACAGCGAUUCUCCCCAGAAGCGCAAGAAGCCAAGGGAAAGGACGAGGCGGACGAUGGUGCACUGACGGAAGUGUAUCCGGGGUUCCCUGAGCGGAUCUCCGGGGAGAUUGUCUUCUGCGAUGCAGACAAUAUCAACACGGAUGGCAUCUAUCCCGGCAAGUAUACGUACCAGGACAAUGUGCCUGUUGAGACCAUGGCCGAGGUCUGCAUGUCGAACUACGACCCGGCCUUCUCUUCCAUCGCCAAGGAAGGCGAUAUUCUGGUGUCUGGAUUCAACUUUGGGUGCGGCAGCUCGAGAGAGCAGGCUGCAACCGCCAUUCUUGCCAAGAAGAUCCCGCUUGUCGUGUCGGGCAGUUUUGGCAACAUCUUCUCGCGGAACAGCAUCAACAAUGCCUUGAUGGGACUCGAGGUUCCUCGACUGAUCCACCGCCUGCGGGAGACCUUCCCAGCCAAGGAUGGAGAAAAGGUGCUCACCCGCCGAACGGGAUGGACGCUGACCUGGGAUGUGCGCCGCAGCCGCAUUGAGGUCCAGGAAGGCGAAGGCGGGUCGAAAUGGACGCACCGGGUCGGAGAGCUUCCCCCGAAUGUGCAAGAGAUCAUUGCGAAGGGAGGACUGGAGAAAUGGGUCAAGAAUGCCAUUGGAGCAUAG